UAGUGCAUUUUUUUUAAAUAAUUUAGUUGGAUUUUUGUAGCUAGUUUGAAUGGUUCACGCGAAUCCUAUCGCUUUUAAUUCUAAUAUCUGUAUACGCUCCACCAUAAGCAUAUUGAGUGUACCUACGCUUUGUGGGAUUCUUAUCAACGACGCGUACACGAACUUAUGUUAUCAUAAUUGAUAAUUCAUUUCAAUCCAAAAAGUCGAUUAAAUUUAUAACGAAAGUUUAUGCAGUGGGUGAUUAGGACGUAGUUCAUUUAAGAUCGUGAAGAUGGAGCUCCAGAACCAAAUCUACCUCAUAAUCGCUGUUUUUGGUGGCGUAUCCGCUCUUUUACUGAUAUUUUUAGUUAUUCUGUGCAUUUACGUGAUCAAUAUGAAGAAACUGGUGGUCGUCAAAGAGCAUGAGAAAAAAUACGAAAACUAUGGAUUCGAGCAAGAUGUGGUAAUUCAUAAUUUAACGGACGACUUUCGAUCUACAAAAUCGGAAGCUGCUCGUAGGCCACUGCCCAAGAGUAAUCUGAUUAAGCCGCGCAACGAAGACGCUGGUGGACAGAACAAAGAUACUCGAAAGGAUAAGCGCUCGGCAGGGGGACAUGGACGUGACGAUCGAAAACGCCACCCUUCAGAAAGUGGAGACACAUCCGGCCGUGAUUUUGACAGUGCGUUCGAUAACGAAAUCAACAACAUGUUUGAUAUUGAUGAUUAUGAUGAUCAGGAUAGCGUUGUUAGUGAUAGAAACCCUCGCUAUAACCAAGCAAACCGCCAUCAGCCAUCUCUACCAUCAGCAAUUAAUGGCGGUAAGCGGAACAAGAAUUUUAGCCAUGCUGGGAAUAAUGGGCAUCGGCAAUCAAGUAAUCAACAGCAUCUAAGCAGACCAGUAGCAGGUAGGAAUGGGUUCCAGGGGCCCGCACAUGAAGGAAGAACUUACUUCAAUGAAAUGAGCACGCGUUAUUAAUCAUUUUUCUUUCUUAAUGGAACAAUUGUUAGCCAGAAGUGAAUGUUGAAAUUUUUCAACACUAUCAGCACCUUAUUUUAAAUUAAAAAUGCACAAUAAUUCAAUAAGC